GGCUGAAUGCGGGGGAGAAUUCCAUUUGAACCUUCUUCGUCUUUAUUUCAGUCUCUGCUGGUUUCCUUUGCAACCACUGGUGAGAAAACUGUUGCUGCUGUCAUGGCGACCAAGAAUACAACGGCCAACACCAUCAUUCUCUACAGUGCAGACUCUGGUCGCAGGCUCCUGGACACCACUAUAAUCUUCCCUGUGGACCCCAACAGUGGGAAACCAGAGAAGCUGUACAUCCAGGCCUUCCUGAAGAAGGACGACUCUGUGGGCUACAGGGUGAUGGUGCAGUCUGAGGACCAGACCCUCACCUUCAUGCAGCAGCCAGGUCGUGUGAUGUGGACCAGGGAGGAGGCCCUCUCGGAUGUGGUUACCAUGGAAAUGGUGGACCUGCCUCUCACGGGCACGCAGGCCGAGUUGGAGGGGGAGUUUGGCAAGAAGGGGUAA